AUGAAAUAAAUCUAAGAGAAGACAUAUAAAGAAUUUACUGAUAUAAAACAUCAUAUAGGUAAUCUACAGAGUAAUUAACUUUCGGAUGAAGAAUUAUCUCUUCUAUAUGAGAGAUUGAAAUAUUAAUUUACAAAUCUUAAUUAAUAAGUUGCAGUUACUUAAACUCUGUAGGGAAGUAGUGAGCCAUAACCAAUUCAUAAAAGAAAAAAAAUAAAGCGAGAUAAACCAUAGAUAUAAUAAUAAGGUAAAUCAAUAGCACUUCCUAAGAUUUUGAAACCACCACCUAUAGAAUAGAGAGUAAAGAAAAUAAAAGGGAAAUUGAAAUCAGCACAUAUUUAUUAAGCAAAUGUAUUAAAUAGAGAAUUAAGAUUAAAUCCAUUUUCAGAUUUACCAACAAUUUUAGAUGAUGACUUAAAUAAGGGAGUUAGUAAUUUAAUAUAAUCUGGUUUAAUACCAAGAGAUGUUGAUGUAGGUCCAGCAUUUAAGAGAGGAGAUGAAUUAUUAUCUAUAUCUUAAGUAUAAGUAUAGAAUCCAACAGAGAAAACUAAAUAUUAUAAUACAGUAUAAUCAGAGAAUCUAUCAAAAUACAAAGUAGCUCCUUAAAAAUAAGUAGCUAAAUAAAUAGCUGAUUAUUCUUCAUCAUUUGUUGAGAGAUAAUCUGUUCCAAGAGAAAAGAUGUAAUAGACUAAAGCUGUUCGAAAAGCUAAAUAUAUUAUUGAGAUUAAAAAUGGACAUUAUGUACCGGAUUUUCAUUAUCAAAUAAGACAUUUAAUGAUUUGGGGAGGAAUUGUUCAUAUUUUAAAAAAGUUAGAAAAAAUAGCAUCAGGAUAAUUGGAUGGAGAUAGAAUAGCUUAAUUAGCAUAAUCUUAAUUCAAAGUUCAUUUAAUUGAAUUAUACGAAUGUUAUAUUUCUAAACCAAUAAUGGAGAGAUUGUAUAUUUUGAAUAAAAAACAAUUUUCAUUAGAUAGUGCAAUUUUGAAAAUAUAAGCAACUGUUAGAAUGUUUGUUGCUUAUAGGAAAUAUAGACAUUAAAAAAGAAUUGUUUAAAAAGUUAUUAGAAUAUAAAAAGAAUUUAGAUUAAAAUAAACAUAUGUUUAUACAAUUAAUCAAAUUAAAAAGAAUAUGGGACAAUUAAUUAGUACAUUAGAAAAUAGAUAAAAAUAAUUCCUAUUAGAAGAUUUAAAUUAAAAGAGAAUUGAAAUUCAUAUACCAUCAUAUUCAAUUAAAUAAUAUUAAAGAUUAUCAAUGAGCCAUUUUAAAAAUAGAGAAGGUUUAUAAUUGACAAGACUAUUUGCUUUAAAAGAUUAAAAUGUAAGUAUAAUAUUUGUAUGUUCACCUCUAUAAGAAGAAAUUAUGGCUUAUUUUUAUAAAUUAUUAGAAGUAGCUGGUAUAAAUCCUGAAGGUCGAUUAUUUUUUAUUCAUCCAGAAAAUAUAAAUAGAUUUCCAUAACAUUAUUCAUUAUCAUUAUUGUUAUAUCUAAGUCCAAAAGCUAUUCAUUAAAUUUCUGAAUUGAUAAAAGGAUAAUUAUCAUAUAUUGUACCAAUGAGAGUAGGAAAAGAAGAGUUUUUAAUUGCUGAAUAUCUUAAAACAAACAUAUAUUCUGGUCCUUAUGAAAUAAUUGAGAAAUUCAAAGAAAUCUGAA